CACCUGCAAACAGUACGAGUUCAGUGCAAAUGGGCGGCGUUUUGUACUGGACAAGGCAGACCUAACGCAACCAUUCAAGCCAUAUUUUCCGCUUGUCGGUGCGGUCCCGACCCGAGCAACAUGGCUAUAUUAAUGUUUGACUGUAAAUACAUGUCGUGGCCACUGUUUCUGGAGUAGUAAGACUGUCUGUGGGGAUCCGGCCUGCCGUCCUGAGCGCUGCCUGCAGCGGUAGUGUAGAUGCCUUGGCUGAGAUGAGUGUGAAGGCUUUUGAGCUAGUCCCCGCUGUGGAGCGAGAUCUCCUCAUGGGCGACAAGGCUCGCAUCAACAUAGAGUGCAUUGAAUGUUGUGGAAAGCACUUGUACAUGGGCACCAAUGACUGCUUCAUCCACCACUUUCUGCUGGACGAGGUCACUUCCUCCAAAGGGAAACUGAGUUACUCGGCUCAGAAGCUGCUGCACAAAUAUAUGGGCCUCAAGAAACCUGUUGCUGAGCUGCGUGCUGCCUCCGCUUUGGAGCGUCUGAUAGUGCUUUGCGAUGGAAUUGUGUUCCUCGUUGACAUGGUGACACUGGAGACUGUGCCCUCGGCGGCAGGAGGUGGAGCCAAGAUAAGAGGAGUGACGGCGUUCUGCAUUAACGAGAACCCAGUGAACGGUGAUCCGUUCUGUGUAGAAAUGGGUGUGCUAUCCUCCAAGCGGCGGACAGUACAGAUUUACAUGGUGUAUGAGGAUAGAGUGCAGCUGGUCAAAGAGGUGACCACUCCUGAGCAGCCCUGUGCUGUCAGUCUCGACGGUUACUUCUUGUGCCUGGCCCUUGCUACACAGUACAUGAUUCUUAACUACAACACAGGAGCCUCCCAAGACCUCUUCCCGUACAACAGCGAGGAGAGGAGACCCAUUGUGAAGAGGAUCGGCAGGGAGGAGUUUCUCUUGGCAGCACCUGGUGGUCUGGGAAUGUUUGCCAAUGCAGAAGGUGUAUCUCAGCGGGCUCCAGUGAACUGGUCAGAGAGCGUGAUUGGUGCUGCAGUGUGUUUUCCGUACGUGGUGGCUUUGGAUGAGAGUUUCAUCACCAUCCACAGCAUGUUGGACCAACAGCUAAAACAGACCCUUUCAUUCAGGGAUGGACACAUUAUGCAAGACUUUGAAGGAAAGGUCAUUCUGGCUUCCACAAAGGCAGUGUAUGUCCUGGUACCCCUGCCGCUGGAAAGACAGAUCCAGGACUUGCUGGCCAGUCACAGAGUGGAGGAGGCGCUUGUCCUCACAGAAGGAGCACAGCAAAAUAUUCCCAAAGACAAGUUCCAGGUAAUCUUGCACAAAAGAAUCCUCCAGCAGGCAGGUUUUAUACAGUUUGGCCAACUACAGUUUCUAGAAGCAAAAGAACACUUCAGGAAGGGUCAGCUGGAUGUGCGGGAGCUGAUAUCGCUCUACCCAUUGCUGCUGCCAGCUUCCUCUUCAUUCACACGUUGCCACCCUCCUCUGCAUGAGUUUGCAGAUCUCAACCACCUGGCACAGGGUGACCAGGAAAAAGUGCUGCGAUGCAAGAAAUUCCUUAUCACUUAUUUGGGAGAGGUACGAAGCACAGAGGUGGCCAAUGGCUGCAGAGAAGAUGUGGACACUGCGCUGUUAAAGCUGUAUGCUGAGCAGGAUCAUGACAGCCUUCUAGACCUGCUAGCUUCAGAAAACGCCUGCCUACUAGCAGACAGCGUGCCAUGGCUGGAGAAGUACCACAAAUAUUUUGCACUUGGACUGCUCUAUCAUUAUAAUCGUCAGGAUUCAGCAGCACUUCAGUUAUGGAUACGUGUGGUAGAUGGAGAUCUGCAGGACUCCACAAGAUCUGACCUUUAUGAGUACAUUGUGGACUUUCUCUGCUGCUGUUCCAAUCUGGACCUUGUAUGGAAGUAUGCAGACUGGGCCCUGAAGAAGGAUCCCACUAUAGGUGUCCACAUCUUUACUAAGAGGCCUACCAGUAAAGAUCACUCAGAAUUGAACCCUAAUGAUGUCAUCACUUACCUGGGAAAGCACAGCCAGGCGCUGCUUCUCUACUUGGAACACCUGGUGCUGGAGAGGAGGACACAGAAAGAGAGGUUCCACACACACCUGGCUGUGUUAUACCUGGAGAGGGUCUUGUCAUUGCUGUCAGAGUCGCCAACAGAUGAGGACCAGCUCACCAGAGCUCGAGCGAAGCUCCAAGCCUUGCUCAGGGAGUCCAACCUAUACCGUGUACAGUGUCUUUUAGGUAAGAUGGAGAACUGUGAACAACUGCUGCUAGAGCGUGCAACACUACAUGGGAAACUGGAGGAGCAUGAUAAAGCACUGCACAUAUUGGUGCACAAGCUUGCAGACUUCCCAUCUGCCGAGGCCUUCUGUAUGUGGGCCUCGUCUUGUAGGGAUUCUGCUUAUCGGCAGCAGCUUUUUCACCUGCUCUUGGGGGUGUAUCUGGAUGGGAACCAGACAGCAACAGGAGGUAACAGUGGAGUCCUGGAGAUGGCGGCAGUGGACCUCCUAAAUCGGCACGGUGAGGUGUUCGAUGCAGUCCGUGUCCUGCGCAUGCUCCCUGAAGGCUGGUCACUGCAGCUGCUGCGGCCCUUUCUGGGUCGAGCUAUCAGGGCCAAUAUGCACGCCUGCCGUACUUCCCAGAUCGCUCUGGGGCUAGCCCAUUCUGAAAACCUUCAACUGCUGCAUGACAGGCUGAAAGAGCGGAAGAAGCCAAUCUUUGUGUCUGAAAAGAAAGGAUGCCACCUGUGCCACAACACCUUCAGUGAGCCCGACGUGGUGUGUCUACCAGGUGGAGUGCCUGUCCACACUCACUGUGUCGCCCAGAGAGUAAGAGACUCUCCCACAAAGAGACAGUUAACUAAUAGCAGUAACCAUACGUGAGACUUGACCCUUCAAACUACCAUGUGAUCAGAGGCACCAAACUAAAGCAGGACAUGCAGAGGACUCUGGGGAUAACAAUAAGCACAGAACAGCCAUUGCCAUAGUAGAAUCUGCUAUGGAGUUGAUGAGAAACACAAAGAAAACUGUAUGUGUGUGAGAGCAAGGGAGAAACCGAUGAUUUCAUCUAUUUAUUCCUAUGUCACAACUAUACCACACUUACAGACUGCAAGUUUUUAUAGAAGACCCUUUAAUCCAUUUAAAAAGAGAAUGAAUUAAAGACAAACUCCUUUGCUUAUCUGUGGGUUCAGUGCUGUGCCGGUCAUUGUCUUUGCUUGAACAGUUUUAAAUCUGAAUUUGAGAAACUGCUUUAACUCACAAUAUUUGAAACCUGUUGCAAAUAUUUCUGAAGCAUGCACAGUAUUGCCACUCACGGUUCUGAUCUAAUCACCUCAUAUGGGUAUUGUAUUAAUAUUGUCCUGACCUGCACAUUGCAGUGUUGGGUUUUAAUGUGAAAUACUACAAAGACUCAUCAGUACUGAUUGACUGAUUUAUGUCUGACUUUUACUUUCUGAGAUCUGGUUUCACUGCUUUAUUUCCCCCUCAGCUGUAAGCACACUGGAUAUUGUACUCAGUAUUUCAGUCAGUGACUUGUCAGCAGCAAUCCAAACCCUUUCAAUUUUGAAUGUUGUGUAAUCAAGGUUAGGGACCUUGUAUAAAACUACAUAAAUUCUUACAUUGCUCCACUAUUUAUCCGUAAGUGUAACUGAGUAUUCAAUACUCAAACUGCAUCAACUUGCACAAAUCAAAUCAUCUUAACUGAGAAUAUCUCAGGAGACGCAUUGUGAAACAUGACAGCAAAUUUUAUGGCUCAGUGGCAUAUAUGUAUGAGUGUCAUCAAAUCAUGUGAAAUCAAGCUUCAUCCACUGGUUUUGAUUAACAAAUGAAAUAAAUCAAGGGAGAUCUGCACUUCCCACAUGCCUUCAUAGAUCAGUUUUGUUUGUUUGGCAACACAAAACCGCUUACAUAUUGUAAUGCGAAACAUGUAGUGUCCAUUUUAAUUGAAGCUGUAAGACCGUAUUUGACCACAGGAUGGUAGUAAUGUGUAAAAUGACAUCAUGGUAUUCUUUACUGUCAUUCUACUAAAUGUAGAAUAACAUUAUUAAUAAUAAUGGAGAAAAAACUACAUUAAGCUGUUUGGAACAAAUCCUCCAGACCUAUUAGAUUUUAUUCCAUCUCUCUUUCUCCCAUUUUUUUUCCUACCACACCACCACCAAUUAACACAUACCCUGGUCUUGAUGGUGAAUUGAAAUGUGCUAUUAAAAUAUUUUCCUAAGAGUUAUGAAAUUGUACAAACUCAUUGCUUCUACUGUUGCAUCAGGCCUACUGUGACCUUGUGCAGCAUUAUUAGCACGAAACCUUCAGAUUAAACAGUAGAUGGGGUUGAGUAUGAAUGUGUGCAGAAUUCCUAACUAAUGUUAUAAGUGACUGUCAAAGAAAAUAGUCGUCUCAUAAUGCAUGAUAUUGUGCCGCACAUAACCCCUAAACCUUUUUUUAAUGUUUGGAAAUUCUGAGAAAACAAAGCCUAUAUCAUCCACAGCUCUGAAGAACAACAUGUGGCUUGAUAUAUCUCAGCUUUCAUAACUGCAUCCCAGUUAUGGCUUUAACCUUUUCAUUGUGACACUCCUCUCAAAAAUGGACAGAAACUGAAGUCAGCCAUAUUUUAUCAUACUGAAGCCCUAAAAUUAUUUACAGGUUUGCCAUCACAGAGCACUGCUUUGUCCUUUAGUGCUUAUCAAAUGUCAUGUAUAUGUCGAAUAACAAUAAAGUGCAGCUUGGACCUCCAUAAAUGUUUCUCCCAAACUGACAACACCUAAUGGCAGGUGCAUAAUGUGUUUUUGUAGCUAAAUUGUCAACAGUCAAAAUCAGGGACAUAUUCUUAAAUCUUCCCGAGGUGAUGGUUUGCUAAAAAGUGCUUUAUGUCUAACUAUUUCAGUUUGACAAAUGAUGUUAUCUGAGGUGACAGAAGAUGCAGGAAUUUCAUAACGGUGGAAUGAGAGAAAACCCUAACAAAAACUAAACACAGUUAUGUAAAUCCGCUUAACACAGAAUACACUCGUUAUAAAUUAUUGUGUUCCUCCAUGUUUUCACUGGUCCUAGAGAUGUGCCACUAUCUCCCAUUGGAGAUGCCUAUUCAGAUUUACAGUGAUUUAAAAUAAAAGCAAUGUAGAAGGUUGACAUCUCUGUAGGGUCAAAAGAUGUGAAAAUGGAUCCUUAAACCUUACACACUACCAACUCUGUACAAGAUAUUCAUCCAAACAAGUUCAGAAAAAGAGAAAAUCAGUCAGUGUUCCCAAAAUCAAGCCUCUAUGGACUAAAUUUCUUUACAGUCCUUUUCUUUAGAACAGUGUGUCUCCUCACUGGUUUAUUUUUAACUCAUUUACCAUUGACACAAACACAACACAUGGUUUUUGCUUGUUUCUCUGGUGCCUGUGCUGUUUAUGCUAGCCGUCUGUAAUUGCAACCCAGUUCUGUGGGGGAACUUUGUGCAAACAUGGGACUAUUUUUCUAACAUGGGGGUCUGAAUAUUGUAGAUACUGUAGACAAAUUCACAGCUUAUGCACAGCAUCUUUCUGUCUGAACAGUUCAAGUGUAGCUUGCUUAAAAGGCCUCCUACCCAUGACUUUAAAUAAUAAAAAAAAAUACAUUACAGUUGUGUGAAAAGAAAUGCUAUUGUAUUUUAUAUGUGCUGUAUACUGGUAUGUAUAUACUGCAUUUGUACUUGUUUGUUGCUUUCCUAAUCAAGGCCAAUGCGGAUGGGCUGCACAAACUGUAAAUCCGUCCCAUUUUAAUAAAUAUGAAACUGUAUAUCAA